UUGUUUAUUUAAAUCUUUCUUUAUAUUCUGCAGCGUAAGAUUAUUAUACUAUUACUAAGUGUGCCAAGUGAAUACGCAUGGAUUUGUAAUAAAAACGACACCCAGCAUUCGUGGAGUCGUUACAUCAGUUGCAGCAAAUUUGAAAUGAUUUUGCCUCGUAAUAUUUGGAUUGAGUUUUGAGUAGUUUUAUAAAUUGUCAUGGCGCAGUACAUGACUGGAACACCGGGGUUCAAUAUGACGCCAAUGCAAGCACACCCCACUGUACAGUGGAUAAUAACAGCAGAAGAAAGACAAAAUUAUGAAGUUCAAUUCAACAAGUUGAUGCCGAUGGCUGGUUUCCUCACCGGAGACCAAGCGAGAAACUUUCUUCUUCAGUCAAACCUUCCUCCGCUUAUUCUUGGUCGAAUAUGGCAACUAGCUGAUGUGACAGGUGAUGGGAAAAUGGAUAAAGCUGAGUUUUCAAUUGCUAUGAAACUUAUUAAACUCACAUUACAAGGCGUGGAGUUACCACCCACCUUACCACAGUCAAUGGUUCCAAUGCAGACUGGCUUUGGUAUGCAAGGUAACAACAUAAAUACACCAGUUUAUGGUUCAACAAUUACGAAUGGUCGAAGUUCCAACGUUGGAUUACCCGUCAGUUCAUCUACCAGCAUACCAUCAAAUUCCCAACUACCUCAACCUGGAAGCAAAACUUCCCUUUCACGUCACAGUUCCCUCAAUGAAGGAAGUUCCAGGUCCAGCCAAGAAUGGGCGAUUCCUAAAACCACCAAACUUAAAUAUAAUCAACUCUUCAACUCAAAUGAUCGAGCUAAGACUGGAUUUUUGACAGGAAUGCAGGCACGACAUAUAUUGAAUGGCAGUGGUAUUGCACAGAUGAACUUGGCAAAGAUCUGGCAACUCAGCGACAUUGAUAACGAUGGCAAAUUAUCACAAGAGGAGUUUGUGUUGGCUAUGCAUCUAACUGAUGUUGCAAAAGCAGGCAACCCCAUCCCAACCACUCUACCCCCAAACUUAAUACCACCGAGUUAUCGAACUUCACAAAAUAAAACUCAGAAUCCUGGCCAACUAGGGUUGCUCACACCUCUAAGUGCAAUGGCCCCUAAUAAUGACGACACACUAGAUGGCGGUGUUUUCGCUUCAUUCGAGGAUCGUAGAAGAGAUAAUUUUCAAAAAGGAAAUCUUGAACUUGAAAAACGAAGGCUGGCUUUGCUAGAGAGUCAACAAAAAGAGAAAAAUCGUUUGGAACAACAAGAGAGAGAACAAAGGGAAAAAAGAGAAAAAGAGAGACAGGAACAAGAAAGAAAAAGGCAGGAAGAGAUUGAGAGACAACGGGAGCAGCAGCGUGCGAUCGAGCGUGAAAGAGAGGAACAAAGGAGAAAGGCACUGGAGCAGAAGGAAGCCGCGCAACGUGAGAUGGAACGUCAGCGCCAACUUGAAUGGGAAAGGUUAAGAAGAAAGGAACUUCUUCAGUUAAAACUACGAGAACAAGAAUCGGUGACGAGUUUACGAGCAAAAACCAAAACACUGGAUGUUGAACUAAAUACACUGUUGGAGAAACGGAAGCAGCUCCAAACACGAGCUCGUGAUUUUGAAUCUCGGUUAAAGGAACAAAACGAACAACUUGAAGCGGUGAAUAAACAAAGAGAAUUGAAACAUAAUCUUGUACAGAAACAACAAGAGCAGAUUGAGUAUAUUCAACAACAAUGGAAUUCGAUUCUUCCCGAAAAACAAAGCUUGAGCGACAAGAUUCAAUACAAGGGAAGCGGGGGCCACGGGGAUGAAGCGGUCCAGCAAGCUCAACGAGAUUAUCAAAGCAAGGUCUUCACGCUUAAGAGGCUUCGUGUUCAACUUGAAGAAUCGGAAAAUAAGAAGAAAAGUUCGGCAGCGCAACUAGAACAACUUUCCACUCAAUUAAACAAAUCCCGGCAAGAGUUGAACAAACUGGUGCUGGUUGGCGAGAACUUGAACCGUAUCCAACAAGAUAAGAUCCGGACUUUACAGGAGGCGAGGAGACAGAAGGACAUCACGAGAACAAGGAAAACUUCAAUGGAAGAAACUAAAAAACAGCAAGAAAAGUUGGCGAAUGCUGCUCUUAUUCGUCGUAAAGAGAAUGAAGUUCAGCGUAAAGUUGAAGAAAUGGAAUUCAAACGAAGACAAGAACAAAUGGAAGAACAAAGAAAAGCUGAGUCUGCGAGGAUGAAAGAAGAAGAAGAAGCAAAGAGGAAAGCAAUUGAAGAAGAACAAAAGAAAGCUGAGGUGAAAUUAAAAAUCCAGAAAAUGCAAGAAGAACGUCGUAAACAGAAAAGUAUGGAGAAGACUGAAGUCAGUGUGGUCAACACUGGUGCCGUGGCACUCAACACUGGUGCCGUGGUACCUAACGUUGGUGCCGUGGCACUAAAUUCUGGUACCACAGCAGUUUCUGGGAAUAAUGGCCGAGGUUUCAAUCUUGUUCUUUCUAAAGAUCCUUCACAUUUGUUCAAAUACAAAGCUCUCUACAGCUUCACUGCCAGGAAUCCAGAUGAAUUAUCAAUUCAAGCAGGAGAAACUAUUACUGUUGACGAAUCACAAGACGUUGAACCUGAUUGGUUGGCUGGCACGAAGGGAGGGAAGGCAGGAUGGUUUCCUGCAAACUAUGUCGAGAAAAUCAAAACCAUAAACGCAGUACCAGCGCAUGUAAAACCUCCACCCCAAUCAAGCAAACCAAGCAAACAACCGACAAACAACGCAACAAUCACAAGCCAGCCAUCAGCAUUCUCAGCAGCUCAUAAAUCAAACCCUCCAUCAAGUCUCAAGCCACCAGACAUCGGUCAGCGAUACAGAGCUAUUUACCCAUGGAUUGCUAAAAAGGAAAACCAUCUUUCAUUUGAUAAAGAUGAUAUUAUAGCAGUAUCUGAACACCAAGAUAUGUGGUGGUUUGGUCAUUGUAAAGGAAAGUCGGGUUGGUUUCCGAAAUCUUACGUCAAAGAGACGACCUCUACCACCCCUGUGACAUCAUCGAAACCCGCUUCACCCAAAUCCUCCCCAGUCGUUAAAAGAAAAGCUCCUGCUCCCCCAAGUGGUGGGGGAGGAAGUAAAAAUUACAUCGCAACUUACGCUUUCACGGGAACUGAACCCGGAGACCUCACGUUCAACGUAGAUGACAUGAUAGCGGUGACAAGCACCGAUGGUGAAUGGUGGACGGGAAGCUUGAAGGGGAAGAAGGGAAUAUUUCCAGCUAAUUAUGUGACAGAGUGUAAAACUGAGCCAAACGCUACUGACCCUGUGCUUGCCAAACCUGAGAUAGCAACCGUAGUUGCCCCUUAUAAUGCUACAGGGGAUGAACAAUUAUCACUACAAGUUGGUCAGAUUGUUCUUGUGAGAAAGAAGAAUGAAAGUGGUUGGUGGGAGGGGGAAUUACAGGCUCGUGGUAAGAAGCGUCAGGUUGGGUGGUUUCCUGCUAACUACGUGAAACUCAUGACCUCUGGCUCAUCUAGUGGUAAGAACACACCUAACGACUCAGCAAAAAUAAAGAAGGUGGAAACGCAAGUCAUCGCGAUGUAUGAUUACUCGGCACAAAAUAGCGACGAGUUGUCGUUCCAGCGAGGCGCGAGAAUCGUCGUCGUUGAUAAAUCUGAUGUAGAUUGGUGGAAAGGAACAUUGGGAGGAACUACUGGUUUGUUCCCGUCUAACUAUGUACAAGAUGCUAAUGAACAAUCUAACCUAGUACCCGUAAAAUCUUCAAAACUAAACGAAUAUCAUCAACGUGUUAUGGAAUUAAUCGCUUCAGAAGAAACUUAUUUACAGGACCUCGAAACAGCGGACCGUGACUUCCAACAACCUUUACGAACCAAGAAGAUUCUAACUGAACAUGAUUGCAACACGCUGUUUGUCAAUCUUAAUGAACUUAUUAUGACAAGCGCUAAACUUGUGAAAGCUUUAAGAGUUCGUUGUAAAAUGCGAGCUGAUAACUCAAUAAUGAUUGGUGAUAUUUUAUGUGAACAAAUCCCACAUAUGGAUUCAUAUGUGAGGUUCUGUAGCUGCCAACUUAAUGCUUCAUCCAUGCUACAACAGAGGUUGGAUAGCAAUCAAGAGUUUAAAGAACUUGUCAAGCUGUGUGAAACAGAGAAGUCAUGGAAAGGCCUCCCAGUUAGUAGUUACCUUGUUAAACCAAUGCAAAGAGUCACCAAGUACCCUCUACUCAUUAAAAAGAUCGUAGAGUCAACACCAGGUGACCACCCCGAUCAUAGAAAUCUUAUAACUGCGUUGGAAAAAUCUGAAGAAUUAUGUUCGCAAGUAAAUGAAGGUGUUCGACAGAAAGAGAAUUCUGACAGAUUGGAAUGGCUACAAACACAUGUUCAACUCGAUGGUCUUAAUGAUAAACUGGUUUUCAACUCAAAAACGAAUUGUUUGGACCAACGUAGGUUCUUACACUGUGGGAACCUUUAUAAACAUAAAUCGAACAAAGAACUUGUUGGUUUCUUAUUCAACGACUUCCUACUUCUCACUAUACCAAGCAAACCACUAAGCGGGCCAACCAAUGAUCUUGUGUUUACUUCUAAGAGUAACCCACAGUUCAGGAUGUAUAAAACGCCGAUAUUCUUGAACGAAGUUCUCACUCGUUUACCCACCGACCCCACAGAGGAGCCCACCUUCCAUUUAUCACAUAUCGACCAUGUGUAUACGCUCAAAGCUGAGAAUAUUAACGAACGAACUGCCUGGAUGAAUAAAAUAAAGGAAGCGGCCGAACUAUAUAUCGACACAGAGAAAAAGAAAAGAGAAAAAGCUUACCAAGCUCGUACACAGAGAAGUGCGGGCAUCGGUAGGUUGAUGGUCACCAUUAUAGAGGGGUGUAACUUGGUGAAAACAAGUAAUGGACGUCACGACCCCUAUUGUGAGGUCACAAUGGGAGAACAAUCGCAUACCACAAAGACAGUUCAGGACACAUUGAAUCCAAAAUGGGGAAGUCAGAUGCAGUUUUACGUUAAAGACGUCAACUUGGAUGUUCUUUGUAUUUCUGUGUUUCAACGUUAUAUGUUCUCACCUGAUGAUUUUCUUGGUCGAACUGAAAUGAAAUUAUCGGAAAUUCAGCGUGAGGCUUCCACUUCUAAAGAGCCGAUAACCAAACGAUUAUUAUUGCACGAGGUCGAUGCUGGGGAAGUUGUUGUUAAACUUUCCUUACAAUUGUUUGAAUCAUAAGAAUCAUUGUGAUGUCAUCAUAUAAAGAUGAUUUAUGUUCCACCAUAUUUUCUUCAUAGAUUUGUAAGAAUGGUUUAAUUUGGUGUCCUCUCAGAGUUUAAACACUUUUUCUUUCUGCCAUAUUUUGUUUGAUCUUGCUACAUUAUUUCUGGGUACAUGUUUUGGCUUGGCCUUGAUUUUUUGGGUUUCUGUACAAUUUUAAAGUGACUGCAAUGAAAUAAGAUUCCAGAAUGGUACAUACACUUAGUCAAGCUGUGGCCACUGUAUUAUGGAUAAGUGCGGCCACAUGUUAAUAUGAACAUUAUAUUAUAUUUUAGUCUUGGCCAUAUUAUAUUGUGUGCUUUAACACUGUUUGAAAAUAGCCACAAAUUAUAGUGGGACAGGUAGUUAUAUAUUGCCAUACAUUUGUUUUGGUUAUAACCGAAUUUUUCAAACUAUAUUCACUGAAAUGCUUAUUUGGACACUGUAUUUGUUUGACCAAACUAGCUACUGUUGCUGCAGUAUUUUGGAUAAAGAACAAAUUUGUUGUAUGAGAUUUUUUUCUAUGAUUUCAGGAUUAAUAAUGAAUUCAUCAGGGUGUAACAGCAGUAAUGACUUAAACGAUUAGAUUUUUAUGGAUUUUUAUAAUUUUGUUGCCAAAAUUUGAUUGUACUUAAAUCCUAUUAUUACGCUACAUGAUCAGAAAUGUUAUGACAUCACAAAUUGUUUUGUUAUUUCAUGAUUGCUGAUUAAGUGUUACCAUGUAUAAGGUCACGCUAACUAACACGCUACAUUAUCCACUGCAUAUGAUUUCUAUUGCAAUAUAUCAUGCUGCAAUUGUCAUGUCAUAAUCGCUCAUUGUGCUGUAUUCCAGAGACAUAUUUUGUAGACUUAAUACAGUUUUUAAAUGAA